AUGGUACCUAAGAGGCAUUUUCAUGAGGAGGGUGGUGAGGACUUCGAAUUUCCAGUUCCAGAAUCGAAACGCAGGCCUACUUUCAAGAAUGUUGUUAGAGAUGUGAUGAGAGAUGUCACAGUGAACCAAGUCGAAUGGGAACACUUCUUUCGGAGAGUGGUACGAGAGGAGGUCGAACGUGUGAUCAUUCCCUUCCUCAAGGCAUCUCCAAGGCCCCCACUUGAAAGUGGAAGUACAUCUGGAGGAAGAGGCUUGCAGUUGCGUUUUAUCAAUAAACUGCCGUCUACCAUAUUUACAGGCAGUAGGGUGGAAGCAGAGGAUGGCUCACCUCUUCAAAUUAUACUGAUUGAUGCCAGUACUAAUAGUAUAGUCCGUUCCAGUCCCCUAUCUUCAAUAAAGAUUGAACUUCUGGUCCUCAAUGGUGAAUUUGGGUCGGAUGAUCAAGAGGAUUGGACCGAGAAAGAAUUCAAUAACUAUCUUGUGCGCGAAAGAGAAGGCAAAAGGCCACUGGUGACUGGUGAGAUCAACAUUACACUGAGAGAGGGAGUUGGUUCUCUUGGUGAUGUUGUCUUCACCGACAACUCAAGCUGGAUAAGAUGCCGGAAGUUCAGAUUAGCAGCUAGGGUUGUAGCCAAAGCUCCUAGUGAAGUGCGAAUUAGAGAAGCUAGAAGUGAACCUUUCGUGGUAAAAGACCACCGUGGAGAGUUGUAUAGGAAACACCACCCUCCAUCCUUAAAUGAUGAGAUAUGGCGCCUGGAAAAGAUAGCAAAAGAAGGCGCCUUCCACAAGAGAUUAUCUCGUUUCGGAAUUGACACUGUGAAGGACUUCCUGCAGUCAUAUGUGAAAGAUCCAUCCUGGCUACGGAAUAUUUUUGAAGGGAUCUCGAACAGGACAUGGGAGAUAAUCAUUGAACAUGCUAAGGCUUGUGAGAUAGAUGAUCACAAGUUCUAUGCCUAUCAUAGAACUGAGCAAGAUGUAAGUCUCCUGUUCAACUCCAUCUACAAGGUUGUGGGAGCAAUGGUUAAUGGCCAAUACUGUUCUCUGGAUGAACUCACCCCACUUCAGACGAAUCUGGUGGAAAAUUUGAAGCAGCAUGCUUACAGAAAUGUAAGAGAUAUAGUCCCCGUGGAUACUUCGGCGAUAUUUGCCCUUUCAAGGCCUCUGGCAAGUCUACAAGCUGAGUCAUUCAAUGUCCCAAAUCCAGAUCUGCAACAGAUUGAUUUGCAAUUCACACAGCAAGAUGAACCCUCAAUGCAACUAGGUUUCAACCAAGCAUCAACCUCAACAUCAUGCCCCUAUCAACCAGAAGUUAGCAAUCAUUUAGUGGUCUCUCUAGCACAGGCUAGUCAUCCAAUGCAAGUGUUCACUCCAGCGCUGCGAAACAGCUUUUCGACGGAGGAUUUUAACUCCAUGCACUACAAUGGAGAAAGCAGUUGGCCGCCGCUCAAUGGUUUUCAAGUGCCAAUUGUUCCAAGUGCUCAUUUAGGCACAGAGAACCUUUUCCAGGUCCAAACAUCAACUUGGUCUCCUACUCCCACGAGUACAAAUGUAAUAUGGGGACAAGCAAACAGUUUUUGCUUUGGUCCUUCAAGUAACGGAACAGAAGCCGGCCAUUUCCCACACAUUUCUGGUCUUGUACAUAAUUCAGGGACAAGAAAACCCAAGGCAUGCUGGUGCAAGCUUCGUGCCGCCAUUAAAUGGUGGGUUUCAGUCAGACGUGAUGUGGCUGCUAGAAGGAUGGCAAGGCCUCUGUACUUGGACUACUAG